AUGGAGGCAAACAAUAAGAUUUAUGAUUUUAUUAUAGUUGGGGGUGGUAUAUAUAGUUGUUGUGUAUAUUACUAUUUAAAGAAACAUAAUCCAGAAACCCAAAUUUUAAUUAUCGAAAAAGAUAAUAAGUUAGGGGGGUGUAUAAAAACAGAAAGAUGUAAUAAUAAUGUUAUUUAUGAAUUAGGAGCAAAUGUAUUUAAACUAUGUAACAAUAGUUAUAAAUUAAUCAAAGAAUUAAAUUUAACUGAUCAAAUUGCAAUAGUAAAUAAAGGAUUAGUACGAUAUAUAUCAUAUGAAAAUAAUAUAUAUCCAUUAUAUUUAAGUUUUUUAGGAUAUAUAUGUUUUCCUUUGAUAUCCCUUAAAAAUAAAAUUAAAUUAAUAUAUAAAAUAUUAUUUAAGAAAUAUAAGCAUGUUAACUCAUAUCAUUAUGACAUAUCUAUAAAAAAUUAUAUGAAAGAAAAUUUCGAUUCCGAACAUUAUCAAUUUUUAUUAUUACCAUUAAUAUAUGGUUCUAGUGGUGGCCAUGGUGAUAUGUCUGCACUUUCCUUUUUGUCUAGAAAUUUGAAACUUGUUCAUAAUAUAAAAAAUUCAUUAAGAAUAUGGAAUGAUAAAAUAAAUGAAAUCGAUGAUAAUACUAAUAAAUAUACCUUUAUGGAUUUUAACAAAAAUAAUUUAAGUAAUAUAAAAAAAUAUUAUCAGUCAAGUUGUGCAGAAACUGAAUAUGAUGAUAGUAUAAUAUUAAAUAACCCUGAUUUAAAUGAACAUGAACAUUUUCAAAAUAGAAAAAGUACAUAUAUUCCCGAAAAUACAGAAACGAAUAUUACAAAUUUAAAUGCUGAUAUAAUUGAAUUUAUUCCAACUUCAACAUACACACCUACACAAACUGUAUAUAAACGUUUGAAUCAAAAUAUUGAUAAAGAAAACAAAAUACAAUCCUUUGAAAAUGAAGAAUUAAAUGAAAGUAAUAAACUAAAGAUGAACUAUAAAAAAAAUGGGGAAUACAUUGAAAUAGCAAACUAUAACACGCAAAGUGCAUUCCGUGAUAUAUGCAGUAAUAUAAAUAGAAACAAAAAUGGAAAACAAAUCCAAAAUAAACAAAAUUUCAUUUUCUAUAUUUUUAAUUACUCAUUAAAAUUUAUUAAAAAUAUAUAUUUUUCUAUAAAUUACACAUUAUUUAAAUAUUUUCCUAUGAUAUAUAAUAAUAUAGAUAAUAAUUUUUUACAACGCAUUGAAGAAGAAGAAAAAAAAAAAUAUAUUGGAAAAACAGUGUCACUAAAUUGUGGAUUAUAUGAAUUUAUUUGUCAACUAAAAAAAUAUAUUCAUGAAAAAGAUAUAUCAACAAAUACCGAAUUAAAUUUUAUAGAAAAAAAUAUUAAAAAUAAUAUAUGGAGAUGCAACAUAAAAAAAAAUAAUACUGAAACAAAUAUAUGUAGUAAAAAUGUUAUAUUAACUGUUAAUUCUAAAAUGUGUGCAAAUAUAUUAAGAAAAAUAUUGCCUAUCGAAAUAAAAAAUAAUCUUGAAAAAAUUUCAUAUUCAUCUUUAAUAACAGCAAAUAUAUAUUUUAAUAAAGAAGAUAUAAAAAUACCUAAAAAUUUAUUUGGCUUAUUGUCAGCUGAUAAAAAUGCAUAUAUACUUGGCUGCUUUUAUGCAAGUAAUAUGUUUACAAAUAGGUGUGAAAAUAAUAAAAGUUUAUUAACUUUAUAUAUAAGAGAUAAUAAUAUAACUUUCAAUAACAAUGAGGAAUUAAAUAAAACUAUAUUAAACAAUUUAAAAAAAAUAUUUCCAUUUAGUGAUAAUGCAAAACCAACUAUAUUAAAUGUAACAAAGUGGAAACAUAUUUUACCUGCCUAUUCAGAAAAUUAUGAAAAUAAAUUAAAAGAAUUUCUAAAUGAAUUAACAAAUUCACAAUAUGAAAAUUUAUUUGUUGAUGCAGGUUGGAUUACUGGAACUUCUAUAUCAGACCGAAUAACAUCAGCAAUGGAGUUGUCUGAUUAUAUUAUAAAAAAAAAUAUUAUCUAG